UCGUUUUAAUAAUAUACAAUGUAAAAACAUAAGCAAAAUAAAUAAAUAAAAAAAAAAGAAGCGAAGCGAACAAUCAUGUGUUCAACAAUACAAUAAAAGCAAAUAUGUCUGUGUAAUAAGUGAGCAAUCGUCAGCCAAACAACGAACAAUGAGUAAUUAUAGAUACCAUGGCCAUGGCAGCGGCGGCGGCGGCGGCGGUGGGGGUGGAGGCAACGGCGGCUACUAUGGCAUUGAGGUGCGCGACAUGCAUCAGCGUAUCUCCUAUCCGCAUCAUUUUACGUUCGUUAGCUCCUGCGUUAAGUACAUGAUAUUUAUAUUGAACUUCAUGUUCUGGCUGUUUGGCGGCCUGCUCUUGGGCAUUGGCGUCUACGCAUUCAAGAUUAAAUGGGAGGAGUCGAACGGUUGGGUGAAGCUGGAGAACAUUUACGAUGUCAUACUGAACAUAUCCCUGGUGAUGAUCAUCACCGGCAUUGUCAUAUUUGUAGUCAGCUUUGCCGGCUGCCUGGGUGCACUGAGAGAAAAUACUUGUCUACUCAAAUUCUAUUCGCUGUGCCUGCUGAUAUUCUUCCUUAUGGAAAUGGCCAUAGCGAUCAUUUGCUUCGUGUUUCCACAAAACAUGAACUCCUUUCUCGAGGAUCAGUUUACGGACAAGAUCAUUCACUCGUAUCGCGACGAUCCGGAUCUGCAGAAUUUCAUUGAUUUCGCCCAGAAGGAGUUUCAGUGCUGCGGCUUGAGCAAUGCCGGCUACCAGGACUGGAGCAAAAAUGAGUACUUCAACUGCUCCUCGCCCUCAGUGGAGAAAUGCGGCGUGCCCUACAGCUGUUGCAUCAAUGCGACGGACAUCAGCACGGGCUUAGUCAACAUCAUGUGUGGCUAUGGCGUCCAGGAGCAUUCAGUGGCGGCGGCCAGCAAACUGAUAUGGACCAGCGGCUGCAUUGAGGUCGUACGCGUCUGGGCCGAGCGGAAUCUGUAUACCAUUGCAGGCAUUGCAUUGGGCGUGGCACUUGUUCAAUUGCUGGUAAUUUACUUGGCCAAGACGCUGGAGGGACAAAUCGAAUUGCAAAAAUCGCGCUGGGCAGCAUAAGGCCGAGGAUCUAUCUAUCUAUACCCACUUAGGCAGCAUUAGGACUCGCAUCUUUCUAUACCCACUUAGUCAUAGUUGGCCAAUCUAGCAUGGAUCAGCUAUUUCAAGAUUGAUUAGACUAAUAUUCUGAUAUAUACAUAUUUAUAGCACGUAGCGCAGACACCUUUUUGUCUACGUCUUUCGAGUAUUUAUAAGACAACAAAUCAUAUUUAUAUGUGAGAUUGUAAAUG